GAACUGGUGGCGUAUUGAGCGCAGUGCGUCUGCUUCACUCUGCGGGAUCGCUGUGGCUGCACUCGUCUUCCACAAAGCUUGAGCUUCAGGCUUCACACCCUGAGUGUAACUUACUCGGAGCGGGACAGACAGCCGAUAAAACAGAUCAGACGCGGUCAGAUACCCGAACACGAGCUGGCUGGACGGUUUUCAUUUGUCUAAACGUUUUUAUUUUUUUCCGUCCGUUGUGUUGAUCCGCCGAAGUCAGCAGUGUGAAGUGUCUCCAGUUGAGGGGCGCCCAGGGCCCUGUGCUGUGCUGUGCUGUGCUGUGCUAGCGUUAGCGUAGCGAAGAGCAAACCGUCUUGAAGGCAAUAUUCUUGGAUUCACUUUGAAAAAGGCCACACGAUGGAUAAAGCGGAUUUCCUGAAAGGUCUCCCUGUAUACAACAAGACCAAUUUCAGUAGAUUCCAUGCAGACUCCGUGUGCAAAGCAUCGAAUAGAAGACCAUCGGUAUAUCUGCCUACGCGGGAAUACCCCUCGGAGCAGAUUAUUGUUACAGAGAAAACAAAUAUUCUUUUGCGCUACCUUCAUCAACAGUGGGACAAAAAGAAUGCAGCCAAGAAGCGGGAGCAGGAGCAGGGUGAAGGAGGAAGUCCUGCACCUCCACGCAAAAUCGCCCGGACCGACAGUCAGGAAAUGAACGAAGACUCCUAAAUGGGAUCAUUACCAAACAGCACAAGGACAGGCACAAAAAUUAGAGCCCUUUCAGAAGUUCAUAAUACCUGGUCUACACCUCAUGUAGACACCUGCACAUGAGACUGGGAUGUACUUUAAAAAAAAAAAAUGAAAAAAGGAGAGAAUAAGACCUUUUUUUAUGGUGUGCUUUUUUUUUUUUUUUUUUUAAAUUAAGCGCCUCCUGUCAAACUGUCCCCGUUGUGCAUCCUUACAGCCUAGUGUUAAACACUUGGGGGCGCGGUUAGCUUCCACUGCCAGAUUCUGUGGACCUGAUGCA